AUGGAGCCUUUUCCUCCUAUCGAUCCGCCCUUUAAUGCCUUCCUGGGCCCUCAGGUCGAGAUCGGGCUUCGACGUGCCAAUACCGUGUCUCCCGGCAACAUCAAAAGAAACUUGGAACUCAAGGCCGCACGCGAGAGAAAUGCAACGGGGCCACGCGCCAAGGAGCCCGAAGGGAAGCUGCAACGAUCACAAACACAUCGUCCGCUAGUGGCGCGUCCACCCGGGAGAAAGGUCGGUCACUUCACCGUGCGAAGUGUCGGCCAGAAUGGUAAAAUAUUUCUGAGACCAAUUGCCGAUCCACCAAAGAGCCAGCCCGCGCCCUUCCCGGUUGAGACGAAACCCACUCUGCUUCAGCCGCAGCCUGCAUCUGCCCGAGAGGAUCCGUCGAGAUGGUCCAGUUCCCAGCUCUCAGAGCUGCGUCCGCGCGAACACCCCGAUCCCGAACCCAAUUCUUUUUCCACCUUGUCGGAACAACAGUCCACGGCCGGCGCUGGGAAACGAGGUGAGUUGCGAAUCGUGAUCGAUAGAUCUGAGGACCGCCCCAAAUCUGCCGAUGAGAAUUUCGCCCUGGACAGUCCCACGCCUCGCUUUCGGUUCGGAUCGACACGGUUAAAUGAAGGUGCAGCUAUGCAGCCCUCGGUCUAUACGCGAACUUCAAUGUCGGACAACUUUCGCAAUUCAACCCUGCUUGGGGGAAUGACAGACGCUUUGCCCGGCCUCCACACUUCCUAUGUUCGAGACUCUUUCCCAAAGAAUCGGCCUUCUUUUGCGAUCUCCAUGUUCUCUGGCACAGCUGCAGCUAUUGACAUGAGCCGGGCUUCACCGGCUCCGCGGAAUUCGAUGGUCUACGAAUUGAAGGAGCCGGUGGAGCCUUCCAUCUAUGAAACGUUGGUAUAUGACAUGGAUGAUGGUUCGGUGGUUCGAUAUGUUCCUGGUACAAAAGAUAUCAGUGCUGCCACACCAGCUCGUAUCGUCGCGCAAAUUUCCUCCGAGUCGUUCAUGGACUAUGAGCUAGUCUCGGACUUCUUUCUCACUUUUCGCUCAUACCUCUCCACUUCACACCUUUUGGCUCUUCUUCUCGCGCGGUUAAAAUGGGCGAUCAAUCGGCUGCAAGAUGAUGGGCGCAUUAUCAGAAUCCGUACCUUUGCAGCCUUGCGCCAUUGGAUUCUUAACUACUUUGUUGAUGAUUUUGUCACGAAUUACGAACUUCGGAAUCACUUCUGUGAUACCAUUAAUGAGCUUUAUGCGGAGGUUAGCUCUCGAGAGAAUGGCGGCACAAGCGAUCGCAAAAUCCUCAUUGACUUGAAGCGGUGCUGGAACGGCAAAUGCUCUGUCUACUGGUCUUCUCCCGACUUAUCUCGAGCAUAUAAUGACCCUGAAAUUCCUAUCGUUCCCGGUUGCGCUGAAACCGAGAUACCCAAAACAGAGGAGUUGCAGCAAAGUGUCCCUCUUUCUGCAUUGACCCCAACUGCAGACACCACCUUCCGCGAACAUGUUCCUUUACCUUCACACCAUGAUCGAAACGAUUCCGACGCGACAGCUCAAAGCAUUCCAUUGUCUGCUAAGAGCGAGCAAAGCAUCAUGGCGCUAUCCUGCUCAUUGCCUCCUAAAUCACCCAAACGCUUCUCUAUGUCGGCAUCGAGAGGAAAGGCACCACGCCCAGUGGUAUUAGGUCUCACAAAAUCGAAGUCUCCGUCCAGAUCCCGCGAGAGACCCUUGUCGCCCGCAUCACCCAUGACAUCGCGGUAUCCUUAUCACAGCCAUAGUCAUCAAAGAAGUGGAAGCUUCUCGGACUCGGUGCGAGAUGACCGACAGCCAAUGUUUGCAACGAUCCCGGAACCCAGACCCGCACCCCAAGAGACCCUGGACACCGUCAGCUUGAUCCGAGGAGAGCUUUAUCCGCCUGCUGAAUCGUACAUGACCAUGAUGGCACCCGACUCGCCUCCCCUGCCCCCACCGUCCAAGAACGCAAACCCAGACCGCCGUAGCACCCCUGAUGUACCCAAGUCUGCACCUAACUCGGGCAUGAGAACCAUCAUCGGGUCAAUCAAGCGGGCACUGCAUACCCGCAACGGCGGGCAGAGCGUUUCCGCUCGCAUUGCAAACGCCCAUGAAGCCAUUUCUUUACCUUCACGGGGUAAAACAUCCGCACUGCCAUCUGGAAUGGCAUUUGGAUCUGAGUUUUAUCGAGAGAGGAAGAUGGCCGCUGUCCCCAAACGUCCUGCUAGAAUUGAUAUUCUCUGCGAUGAAGUAUUGAAGCAAUACCGUUUGGUCAUGGACAACGAAGGCCCAGCAGAACAGAGCCAGCCCCCAAUGCUUCAACAACCCCAGCAGCAGCCUUUAUCUACCUCCCAUCUUUCGCCCGUGGGAGACCAGACCGAGCCCAAAAUAAGAAGUGGUAUUACCAUGGGUAGUGGAUCGAUCGUCAUCGUUGACGAUACCGGGUUUGAAAUGCCUUUCAUGUCAGGGGCCGCGCAAGAACAAGAAUCAAUACCUGAAACUCAAGACAUUGGUUACCCAACAUCCGAGUUCCGUGUUCCAGAGGAUGCUGCUUCGACACAAUCGAUACCGGUGGAGGGGGAAUGUCUUCGACCAGUCCGGUACAACGCAGAGGAAUCAGGAAGAGCGCCGCUCUCAAACGUGUUCUAUCCACCUCGCCCUCCAUCAAUCCAGAGAUCCUCAUCUGCUGAACGUGGAUCAGCACCUCUGAAAAAGAAGAACUCAAUGUCACUUCGGCUCCGCAAGUAUGCGUCCUUCCAAAGCGGGAUAUCAAGAAAGCGCUAUUCCAUGAAUAGCGAGUCCACCGUCGCAACCACCUGUCUCCACGAUCAAUUCGAACAACAAACAGGGCCUGCUCUUCGCAGGCGGCGAGGCGGAAACUUGCGUAAAAUGCAGACUGGGGAUGAACCGCAGUCUAUCUCAGGCCGUGAGUCAUUCGCUUCCUGGGAUGACUCGAUUGCAGAUGGGACUUCCCCCUCUGAUGGUGGUGUCUCCAGGCCCCCUUCUGCCCUUAUCCCACCGAAUCCCCGGUAUUCGCUCAUCCAACCUCGCAAUUCUCGACAGAUCAGACGGUCAUUCGAAUCGGUCAUUGCAAAAUUCGCACAAAUCCCAGACGAUGAUGAUGGUGGUAUUGAGUCUACAUUGUUAAAAUUGGAAGGAAAGUGGGAGGGGCCCUCCAGCGCCGGAAAAGAAUCGGAAUUCUCACAGCCAGGUAGGUCCCAAAGGGAACAGCCCUUGGCUACUCCUGGACUCGACACAGCCAGACCUGGCUGGGAAAUUCUUUCCCGCAGACGCCAGACUGAUAAGUCAGGAUACUCCACAGUCGGAGGGCGACUGGCGCCCCCACGACCUUAUUCUGAUUCUGUGGCCGAGUCAGAAGAGUCCUACAACUCCAUACCCCUUCUUGAGAGAGGCUUGACAGAUGAGUCCAUGAAGUGGCAGCCCACAAGCCACCCGAACCACUAUGAUCCGAAUGGUGCUCCGCUCAGCCUCAUAUCCAGUCGUGAUACUUCGGAGUUUGCCUCGUCGCAUCCCUCUAUUCAGCUUGUACACGAAACUGACAGCCUCCGUCGCAUCCCCCUGGGUCGACUGUCCCCACAGCCGAGGAUGCAGGUCGAAUUACCCCAAAGCGGUUCUCGGUUUUGUCAUCUGAUGGUUCCGUCGAUUCUCGGCUCAUCGACUGUUGAGAUUCCACCUCAUCCUUUGGCCCAACCUCCAUCCCCCCCAAUGACCAUUCAGCAUCCGGGGUCCUUUACUUCCUGUGCCUCGCCCUUGAAUACAGUGAUGUUCCAGGCCCAGCCUCUUACUCCCGACACCUCACCGAGACACAAAGAAACCACGAAAGCAAUCUCGAGGCCCGCGAACAUCCAGCAAGUCUCAAGUGAUGUUCUGUUUAAUUCUGAAAAUAGCCACAACGAGAGAAUUCCCACAGGCCUUGUCCCUGAUCACGUCCCAUUCAUUCUCGCCUGUGAAUCGCAAGUCUUGGCUCAGCAAAUGACCAUUAUCGAAAUGGCUGCGCUUCGUGAAGUCGACUGGCGAGAUCUGGUUGAAAUGAAAUGGAGCAGUACCUGCCCACUAGUCACUAACUGGGUCUCAUUUCUGACACACGAGGAACGCAAGGGCAUCGAUCUGGUAGUUGGCCGCUUCAACUUGAUGGUGAAGUGGAUUUUGUCGGAGAUUGUUCUCACCCGUGAUAUCCACGAACGUGCGCGUACAAUAAUCAAGUACAUACAUACGGCUGCUCAUGCGCGUCGCAUCUGCAACUAUGCCACCAUGCUACAAAUUGCUAUCGCUCUAUCCUCGUCCGACUGCUCCCGUCUGCAGACGACCUGGCAGCUUAUUCCUUUGGAGGAUAAGCGACUGUUCAAGGAUAUGGAGUGUUUGAUCCAGCCGGUCCGGAAUUUCAAUGAUCUCCGCGUUGAGAUGGAGACAGCCAAUUUACAAGAAGGUUGCAUACCUUUUAUCGGUCUAUAUGUCCAUGAUCUUACCUAUAAUGCCCAAAAGCCUGCUCAAAUCAGCAGUGAUGACGGUGGCCUUCUGGUCAACUUCGAACGCUACCGCACAGCAGCGCGUAUCGUCAAGAGCUUGCUCCGUCUGAUCGAUGCCAGCACAAAGUAUAAGUUCGAGCCCGUCCAAGGGAUCGUUGAACGAUGCUUGUGGAUUGCCUGUCUUCCCGAAGAGGAGAUUCAAGCUCGCAGCAAAGCACUCGAAUAA